UUUACAAAUUCGACCCAUGUUUUGAAUGAGCAUAGGAUGAUUAAUAAUGGAAAUUGAAUAAUAUUUUCACCGAUGCACCCUACCACCCAUCCCUCAAAUGACAAUUACAAUGGCGUGUGGAAUGAUGUUUAAAAAAAUUGGUUUAACACCACUACUUCUUCCUCCUCCUCUUUUCUUUGCUGCACCUCCUCCCUUCUUUUCUAUGCUGGUUCCAAACCACUACCUCUGAUUCUUCAUCUUUAUCGCUCUUUAUAUGCAGAGACUAAUCUAUUGCAUCAUUAAAUACCAUUGUGAUAUCUUUUUGUGAGCAAGUUCUUGAACCAAAAACUCUUACUCCCCUUGGUUUUCUUGAUCUUCUUGACUAAAUCAAGGAGUGUUCCUUCUAUUCACCCUGCUUUUUUUGAUAUUCUUUUCGGCUGAAACAGAGAGAUUUCCUUUUGUUCACCUUGGUUUUCUUGAUCUUCUUCUCCACCAAAACGUAGAGCUUUGCUUUGUUCACCUUGGUUUUGUUAAUCUUCUUCGCCAAAAGGACACUUUCCUUCUACUUGGUUUUCUCGACCAAUUGGGCUUUUUACAAGGUGCUUUUGUUUAGUGUCCCAAGGCUUGUGGCUAACUGAACUAUUUCAUCGUGUUUGCCUCUCUUUUGCUACCAUCAACCAUGGAAAUUGCUACUGUCGUGCUCCAAAUUUUGAAUAUAUUUUUGGAACCCAUCACUCGACAGCUCGGAUAUCUCUUCAAAUGCCAGGAGAAGGUUGAGGAACUGAGAAAUAAGAAUGAACGACUUAAGGUCCGAAUUCUUGAUUUGGAGGCGAAUAUUGAAGCAGCAGAAAGAAGUGGGAAGGCAGCCACGAGUGAAGCACAACAGUGGUUCAAUAGGGCACGAGAAUUGGAACGUGAAGCAGAUGAAGUAGUUGAAAGAUACAACGAGAACAAGUGUUGCUUCGGAGGACUCUGCCCAAAUUGCACCUCCAACUACAAGUCAGGUAGACGAGCAACAACGAAACUAUCCCAAAUCACUACUCACAUCAAUCUAACAAAUACUGUGAAUUGGAGCAUGGAUCGACCACCGCCGGUGGGGAGGGAGAUGCCUACAGCUUCAAUCACAGGUCAGUCAACAUUUGAUAAAAAUGUAAAUACGAUCCUCGAAUGUUUGAGUAACGAUGAAUUGGGUGUGAUUGGCAUUAACGGUAUGGGAGGCGUUGGAAAGACAACUGUCAUGCUUGAAAUCAACAAUCGUCUAUCGCAAAAUCGAGAAUUUAAGAGAGUGAUAUGGAUCACUGUGUCAAAAGAUGUAAAUAUAACUAGAAUUCAAAAAGAAAUAAUGACAAAAUUGGGCAUGAAUGUUGAAGAUGAAUAUAUGAUUGCAGAGAGAUUGUUUUUUGCUUUGAAGGAGCAACGAUUCUUGCUUAUAUUAGAUGACUUGUGGGAAAAGCUGGAUUUGAAUGCUAUAGGAGUACCUCGCCCAAACCCACAAAAUAAAUGUAAGAUUAUAAUAACCACUCGAUCGUUAAUGGUGUGCAAUCGGAUGGAAACUGACCUCAAAAUUAAAGUGGAUGUUUUAAUAGAGGAGGAAGCAUGGAUCUUGUUUCGUGAAAAAGCAAGAAAUGUGGUAAGUCUCCCUUCCAUAGAACCCAUCGCUCGUAAGGUCCUCAAAGAAUGUGGUGGCCUACCACUCGCCAUCAUCGUAGUCGGUUGUGCGAUGAGAGACAAGGAUAAUGUGCAUGUGUGGGAGAAUGCACUGAGAGCUUUACGGGAAGCAACAAUGGAGAUCAAGGGCAUGGAACGUGAAGUGUUUGUGCCAUUGAAGUAUAGUUACGAUCAAUUACAAGAUGAAAACAUCAGGCAAUGUUUCUUGUAUUGCUCCCUAUUUCCAGAGGACUACGAAAUUGAAAAGAAUAAUUUGGCUGGGCGUUGGAUGUGUGAGGGGCUCCUAGGCAGAGUGGAUAGUGUGGAGGAUGCUAGAAACAAAGGCCACGGUCUAAUUGAAAAGCUGAUCGACUCAUGCAUGAUAGAGCAAGUUCCAGGAUGGGAUUCAUACGUGAAGCUUCAUGAUGUGAUCCGAGAUGUUGCCAUACGUAUCGGCUCCACAAGAGAGGGUGGGGGUUUUAUUGUGGAAGCAGGAUUGGGACUGAAGGAAGCACUUAGGGUUGAAGAAUGGGGAGAGGCCCAACGUAUAUCGUUGAUGCGUAAUGAAAUAGAGAGACUUCCAAAUCGGCCAGUGUGUCUGGUUCUCACGACAUUGAUACUCAGAGAAAAUAUAAAUUUGAAUAACAUUCCGGAGGGUUUCUUUGAAUGUCUAGAAGCCCUAAAGGUUCUUGAUCUCUAUGGAACUGGCAUAAACUCUCUGCCACAAUCGUUAUCCAACUUGAAGGAUCUCCGUUACCUUUCUCUAUACGAUUGUGAGAACCUAGUCGACAUUCCUCAUGUAGGACAACUUCAGCAACUCCAAGUGCUGGAUUUGUGCAAUACCAAAAUCAAAAGAUUGCCAGAGGGGAUGGGAGAACUAGCCAACUUAAAGCUUCUAAACCUACGAAAGACUCGUGAUCUUAAAUCCAUAAAACAUGGGGUUAUAUCAAGGCUAUCAUGUCUGGAGGAGCUGAACACCAUGAGCAGCGGAUACGUCGAUUGGAAAACGAUUGGGAGAGAAGAAAUUAGCACUGAAGAAGCAUGUUGGGAGGAAUUUGAAGAGUUGGAGAGCUUAAGUUCAUUACGGAUAAGCAUCUAUGGGAAUGGCCCAUUUUUUAACAAAAAACAAUGGGAUCGAAAGAUAUUUGAUAAGAUAGAAGCAUUAGAGGUAGUAGGGUGCCAAGUCUUGACUAGUCUUGAGCAACUACCGCCCAUGAAAAGGCUGGAUGAGCUGUUUAUUAAAAAUUGUUCUCAAUUGGAUUUUGUUGGCCUUGAUGUUGUUCCCAGCUUGAAGAGAUUGGAAUGUUUGAGGCUCUUGGAUUUGAGAGUUGUGAGGAGAAUUUGGAAGGGAGAUGGAGACCGUCAUCUUCUCAAUCUCAGAUAUUUCACUAUUGAAGGAUGUGAUGCAUUGAAGAAUGUGUUAUUGGCAAAUGUGGUACAAUGUCUCCCAUGCUUAGAAAAAAUGAAGAUACGUUGGUGCAGUGGAUUAGAAGAGAUAAUUAGUGGGGGGCAGGUAGGCCAAAACAUCACCCUCCCCAAAUUAAAAGAAUUGAAAUUAUAUGAUUUGGUGAAAUUGAGGAGUAUAUGUGAGAUUGCGAUCACAUGGCCUUCAUUGGUGAGAAUAUUUGUGAGAGGUUGUCCCGAGUUGAAAAGGCUCCCUUUGGGUCUCCGAGAAGCAGAAAUGCUAAGACUAAUUGAAGGAGAAAAAGAAUGGUGGGCGGGAUUGGAAUGGGAAGAUGACCGUACCAACUCUACUCUCCUCCCUCUCUUUGUAAGAACAAGUGUAGCAAAGUGGGAGUGGUUACAAUUACAUUAGCAGCUCAGCUCAGCUCAGCUCAGCUCUGCUCAUGAGGGAGGAUUCACCCGUGAGGUAGGUAAACCUCCAAGCCUAUAACUGGAAAUCCUUCUCUCUCUCUCUCUCUCUCUUCUUGAGCCCACCUUCAUGCCUAUUCUCUCUCUCUCUCUCUCACUCAUAAACAUGAAUGGUGAAAGCCGGUAUAUGAAACAUCGUAUUAGUGGGGCAGAUGGCCACCCAAUGAUCUCGUAUUGAACCGUCGGAUCGCCAAUCAAGAUUGGUUUGGACUCAUCUUCUCAUAUUUGGAUGCUUGGACCUGCCUAGGUCGCGUCUGGGUCUAGAUCUGGCAUGGACCCAAUCGGGUUUUGUCGGACCGGGUUGAGUCGACUUGGUAGGAAAAAAAAUAAAAAAAUAAAAAAAAAAUAUAUAUAUAUAUUUUCACUAGAUUUUAUUUAUUAUCAUUUUGACUAGAAUAAAACAUAUAUAUUACAUAGUAUAUAACUUAAUGUUUUUAAAUUUUUAGACCCUGGUUUGGAUCCAUGUAAGCCUAGCUAGGUAGGUUCCAGAUCUGGGUUGGGGUCUAAUUGACACAAAACCCUACCCCACCCAUAAUCUUCAUAUCCUAUAAAUUAUAAAUAUAAGUCAUAGCUCAAGAACCCACCCAAAAAAGUUGUUUUUAAUGUUUGAAAUUUUUUCAAGUGAUCAUCUCGACCUCAACAUAUAGAACUAUGAAUAAAAGAUUUUAAGUCAUAAAAUAAUGUAUUCUAUAACAAAUUAUUUGGACCUGUCUAUUUCCAAAAUGGUUAGUCUGCUUAAUUCUUGGAACUUUAUCCUUCGUAGUUACAGGUUAGCAUAGAUGUACUUAUGUCAAAACUAGGUCUACAUAAAUCGAUGUAUUGCAUGUUAUAAUUUGAUAGAGCAUGAUGAACCUAUUGCAUUUUGAAUAUUUAUAAUCACAUACUUAUGUUAAAUAGACGUGACUUGUGUAAUUUUGUUUACAUAGGAAUAUGUUUUUUUUCUUUUGUAUUCAUUGUAUAACAAAUGUAGGAUCACAUUCGAGAGUUAUUUUUGAUGUGAUGAAGUGACAUUAUAUUAAUACACGUAUAAUAAUCACAAAAACUCACGAGUGAGUGAGUAUGGGCAGGCCACAGGUUCGGGUGCUUGUACACAAAACACUCUCUCGAUCUUAUGUGACAUCUCCCUCAACCAGUCUUCUGGUGAGUCCUAAUCUUCAUGCUAACAAAGAAGUCCAUAAACAUAUCCCUAUGUGUUUAUUUCUCUCCAUUAUUAUAAGAGAGAUUAAUAUUAUAUCUCUAUCUCAACCCUUUUUUUUUUUUUGUGAAUCUUUAUCCUAUUAUUAAUAUUUAUCUUAUUGGUAAUAAAAACAAAGCUUUAAUUUCUUGUCUCUUAAGCUCUCUAUCUCAACCUUUUUUUUUUUGUGGAUCUUUAUCCUAUUAUUAAUAUUUAUCUUAUUGGUAAUAAAAGCAAAAGGAAAGCUUUGAUUUCUUGUCUCUUUCCGCCACUUUCUGAAAUUCUAGGGAGUAGAAAAGCAGAGAAUCCUCUCUCUAAAUCAAGAGUUCAAUUACUUGGGAAGCCGGAUGGUGAAGUACAAUAUUACUUUAACAUGAAUUACUUUGGAGACAGGCUUGUUUUAGAGCAGCAAGUUUUUCAUGUACAUUCCGAGAGGAUUUCGGGUUCGAGGGCAUGAAGAGCCUCUCUCUCUCGCCUUCAGACCGUCUGACCUCGAGGAGGUGUGCCAUUUGACAAGGAAGGGUUCUUUUGAAGAGGACAAGACCUUCUGUGCUUUUGCUAGGAGAUUGGCUCAAGUCGAUCGCAUGUAGGGAAUGAUGUGUCCAUUCCAUGAUUUGGAUCAACACAAUACAUCUUAAGUUAGUUUAAGGGGGGAAUAAUGA